AUGCAUCUUUAUAAACUUAACUUGCUGUCUCAGCAAGUUUUUAAGCUUGUUUUAAGUCAGCUUGGAGCUGCUCAUCCCGUGUGGAAGGCGACGGCUGUGCCAGCCACGUGGUGGUUUCAUCCAGGUUUGCUUCCAGAAUGGAGCAGGGAAUCGCCAGCCCCCAAAUUAAAAAGCCCAGAGGAGGCGGAGGAGGAGGAUGCGGCGGUUUCCCGGCCCGUGCUCACCGGGCUCAGCACCCAGAGCCCCCCGCCCGGCAGCGUCGUCAGCCGCGCCGACACCGUGGUCAGCCUCGUCAACAUGGUGGAGCAGGACCGGGACAUCUUCUCCCCGAAGCCGUACUGGAAGGAGUUCAGGUUCGACCUGACCCAGGUGCCCACGGGUGAGUCGGUGACGGCCGCCGAGUUCCGCAUCUACAAGGCACGAGGUGUCACCCGUCACCCCAACAGCAGCCUCCACCUCAGCAUCUACGAGAUUGCUGCUGAGCACUCCAACAGGGAGUCUGACCUGUUCCUGCUGGAUGUCCAGGACCUGCGUGCUGGGAUGGAGGGCUGGCUGGUGUUUGAUGUCACAGCCGCCAGCAACCACUGGUUGGUGGAUCAGAAAUACAACCUGGGGCUGCGACUCUACGUGGAGACAGAGGAUGGGCACAGUGUUGACCCAGGCUCAGCGGGGCUGUUGGGGCGCAGGGGACCCCGUUCCAAGCAGCCCUUCAUGGUGACAUUUUUCCGGGCCAGCCCCAGCCCCCUGCGUGUCCCACGGGCAGCCAGAGCCCCCAGGAGGCGGCAGCCCAAGAAAACCAACGACCUCCCACACCCAAACAAGCUGCCAGGAAUUUUUGAUGAUGUCCACGCCAGGGAUGGGCGACAGGUCUGCCGGCGCCACGAGCUCUACGUCAGCUUCCAGGACCUGGGUUGGCUGGACUGGGUGAUUGCCCCACAGGGUUACUCAGCCUACUACUGUGAGGGGGAGUGUGCCUUCCCCCUGGACUCCUGCAUGAAUGCCACCAACCAUGCCAUCCUGCAGUCUCUGGUCCACCUGAUGAAGCCUGAGGCUGUACCCAAGGCCUGCUGUGCCCCCACCAAGCUCAGUGCCACCUCUGUCCUCUACUAUGACAGCAACAACAACGUCAUCCUCAAGAAGCACCGCAACAUGGUGGUGAAAUCCUGUGGCUGCCACUGAUGCCUGGGUCCCAGCUCCAGCCCAGCCCAUCCCAGCUCCAUCCCAACUCCAUCCCAUCCCAGCUGGAGCAACCGUGACACUGGUUUUCUGCUCCACGUGUGGAAAAACAAAAGGAGCUUCAUGGGCUGCCUUGUAGCAAAAGCUGUUAAAAAUAAUGAUCCCAAUAAGAAAAAGAAAUCCCUCCCACCUUUUCCUAGAAAGUGGAUGUAAAUAAUGCAAAAUUUUUAUUCCCUUACCACACUUACUGAGACACAUACAUUAUACACACACACACACACAUAUAUAUAUAUUGGAAAGAGGAUUUGUGGCUGUUUAUGUGUCUGUUUUGCUCAUGGCUGUUGUGUUUGCCCCUGGAGCUGCUGCCAUCUGCUGAGGAGGCAGUUUGGGCUGAAGGGUCAUCAGAAGUGAGGCAGCUGCUUUGGGAUAGAGCUGUUUCUGGCCAUCUAACCCACCUCUACCAAGUGCUUUUAAUUCCCUUAAUGAAAACCCCAUCAGCCAAUUAACCAGCUGGCUGACUAACCCCCUCCUGUUUACUUAAAAGUUCACAAAACUCAGCCAGUUGGGGGAAAAAAAAAAUAUAUAUAUAUAUAUAUCCAUAUUGAGCUAUGACACUUACAAA